UGCGGGGCCGGCUCAGAUCCCCUCCGCAGCGCCCCGAGCCGAGCGAGAGGGGCGGGGCGAGGGCGGCCGAGCACCGCGGGAGGGCGCGCGGCUGGCUCGGCGGGAGCAUCUUCGGGGCAGCCUCCGCACCAGGGACUGAUGCCCUUGGCCAUAAUGCACCCGCAACUGCUGUCUGCUCAGGCGCAGCCUGCGUGACUGAGCCACCACUGCUCCAGCUGUUUCCCAGUUUGAUGGGGCAUCGGGCGGAUGACAGCGGGAACAGUUGUGAUCACUGGUGGAAUCCUAGCGACUGUGAUCCUCCUCUGUAUCAUCGCUGUCCUGUGCUACUGCAGGCUCCAGUACUACUGCUGCAAGAAGAGCACUGAGGAUGCAGAUCAGGAGGAGGAGGAGGAAGAGGAGGAGCACAAUCUUGCCGUCCACCCCAGAGGCCCCACCUGCAAUGCCUGCACUUCUCAAGCCCUGGACGGCAGAGGCAGCCUGGUGCCUCUCACCAGUGAGCCCUGUAGUCAGCCAUGUGGGGCAGCAGGGAGCCACUGUACCACUUGUUCUCCAUACAGUUCCCCUUUUUACAUACGGACAGCUGACAUGGUGCCCAAUGGGGGUGGAGGCGAGAGGCUCUCCUUUGCUCCCACAUACUACAAAGAAGGGGGACCUCCCUCCCUCAAACUGGCAGUGCCCCAGAGUUACCCGGUGACUUGGCCAGGCUCUGGACGUGAGGCCUUCACCAAUCCAAGGGCUAUUAGUACAGAUGUGUAACCAUUGCACCCCCCUGACCUGCACACACCAAUACUACUGCCCCCGCAGAAGCCAUGGGGACAACGGAUGACCUGAAACAGCCCCACAAGGACUAACUCAGUUUAUUUGGCUUUUCUUGCUCCAUAGAAGAAGAGUCACCAGAAUUUGAGCUGUUGAAUGCAUGGAGAACCAGGGUUGGGGCUGGCUCCAUCACAGAGCCCAGAGUGUGGAGGCUGAUUUACUGACUGAUUUUGUAACUUGACCAGUUUCUCUGUUGGGACUUCCUCCCAACAAGCCCUAGUGCCACCACAACCACUCCCAGGAAGUCCAAACCCCUGGCGUUGCAGGGUUAUGAAAAUAUGCACUAGGAAAAGCUAAGCAAAGGCUCCAGAGACUUCCAAAGUCCUUGGGAGAUGAAAUGGCCAUGCUUAGAAGAAAAGGGGACAAAGGGCUAAGAGAAAAGUGAGGGCUACAUGUUCUAGAAUUUGUGAAGUGAAGGUAUGUGAGAGGUGAAGUCCUUGGGACUUGCUCGCUUGCUAAAACAUGUCCAAGAGCUAAUUUACUAUUUAGUUUUUUACUUUGGUUAUCAGUAUUGUCACUGUGGCUACUCCAGUAGGGACGCUGAUUACUAAACACAUCACAUCUGCACCUGCUCCCUCCUCAUGGAACAUAUCAAGUAGACUUUAGGUUUUUUUUUUUUUAAGUUGACUUUUAACAGGCCGUGUAUAUGGUUGUUAGUGGGGACGUAUCAAAUAGCAUCCGUCUAAACUUGUCUCCUCUAAAUCCUUUUCUUCCCUUACUUAGAAAUCAGCUGUCCCCCACUGGAGAAGCUUUUUCAAGUUUUGUUACAAGAGUUGCAGAAGCGUAACUACUUGCUGAUUGUCUCAGGCCCUGGUCCAUUUUAUUAGUGCUCUCCCAUUCCCAGGCAUGCACACAUACACAUAAGCCAAUCACAGGCCUUUGCCAUUUUCAGAAGCUGCAGAGAGUGGAAGGCUCCCAGGGAACCAACUAGAAAGAAAAAUCUGACCUUCAAGCAGUAAGAAUAAAAGCUGAUUAAGGUGGCAGAUCCCCAUGACAACCAUCCAGCUGGUACAGGAAGAGCCUGGCAUCUGUGUGGGCAGUACUACAGUGGUGCACCUGCCCAAAGAAGCUCCUGUAGAGACUGGUGCUCUACUUAAGCACCCACCUGUGACUAUGGAGCCGAACCCACUUCACCACACUGGGACCAACAGCCCUUGUUCCUAAGCACAGGGGAAGGGGAUCCCAAGGAUCAGAUGUGUCUUAGAGGGUAGAUUUCAUGUCUCUGCUUUCCCUUGGCCACUGCCCUCCCCCAUCUCCAGUGAUGGACUCUUUAUUGUUCUCUUACUCUAGUCUCAAUUUCUGCUUAGAACCCAGCAGUGGUCUUAAGAUUUUUACAUAAGUAUGCUUGGUGAGUGUUCAGAUGCAAUUACAGUAAAAUAUGACUGCUUCCCCUCCUUCGAGGGUGUAUCUAACCCCACUGAGUCACUAAAUGCAGAGGAUGGCACAGGGAAGGAAGGGGCUGAGCUUUCUGCCAAAAUCUCUGUUUGCAUUUAACAAAGAGUAGAAAGUAGCCGAGGUGGUGGGACAGAGAAGGAAAUUCUCCCCUUUUGCAUCACCCAGUUUGGAUCUGGAAUUAAUGGGCAGUGAGUUGAGAAGCAGAAGACCUGAGCUCUGGACACAUUUUGGUCACUCAUCAGCUCUAGGACCAGUCCCUUAUCUUCUCUGAGACUUCACUUUCUCCAGGGAAAAGAGGUUUAUCCUGAUGGACUCCAAGGGUCUUCAGUCCUUCAUGAAGUGAGGAUCUACAGAAAGGAUCUGCCAGCCAUGCCAUUGCCUCUUGCCCCCACCCUGGCAGGUGCUGGUCCUCCCAGGUGUCUGAUCUUGCGCACAUGCAUGUUUGCUGAGUAAUGAAAGACUGCAAAAAA